AACGUUUGUCUGAGAAUCUAGAAAAGGGAAAGUGAAAAAUAGCCCAAAGAUAAGGGACUUAUUAUGAUCUCUUUUCAUACUACAUCAUCAUUCUCUCAAUAACAACCCCCCACCCACACCACGCCUUAUUAUUUAUUAAUUUAAUGCUCAAUGACAAACCUAUCACAUAUAUUUUCAUCCAUUACUAUAUAUAGCUUAUAGUUCGUAGUAGUACUACUACUACUACAUUUACUACUAUAUACUACUACGUGUAUACACACAUAUAUAUAGGCGAUCAGCAUUAUCAGAUUAAUUAGUAGACUUGCAAUAAAUCAUCAAAAAUAAAAUUAUAUAUUUAUAUAAAUGUCUCCGGUGGGAUUACCACCGGGUUUCCGUUUCCAUCCAACGGACGAAGAGCUAGUCAACUACUACCUCAAGAGGAAAAUCAACGGCCAAGAAAUCGAGCUCGAUAUUAUUCCUGAAGUUGAUCUCUACAAAUGCGAGCCCUGGGAGUUGGCAGAAAAAUCGUUUUUGCCGAGUCGAGAUCCGGAGUGGUAUUUCUUUGGACCUCGGGACAGGAAAUACCCUAAUGGGUUCAGAACAAAUAGAGCGACGAGAGCUGGGUACUGGAAGUCAACAGGCAAAGACCGGAGAGUGACGUGUCAGAAUCGGGCUAUAGGAAUGAAGAAGACCUUGGUUUACUACCGUGGGCGGGCGCCCCAGGGGAUUAGAACUGAUUGGGUCAUGCAUGAGUAUCGACUUGAUGACAAAGACUCUGAAGAUCAUACCUCUGCAAUUCAGGCAUAUAAUAAAAUGCAGGAUUCAUACGCAUUGUGCCGAGUGUUCAAGAAGAACGGGAUAUGUUCGGAAGUAGAAGAACAACAACAACAACUACUAGCACAAUGCAACACCAACAAUAAUAACAUAUCACUAAUGGAGAGCUCAACAUCACAUAAUUCACAUGGCGGAUUUAUCAAUGAAUCCGAUACCAUGUCACCUGACAUUCCUAUGGCAUCGUCGUCUUGCAUCGAGCAGGACGACGACAAAGAUGAUUCAUGGAUGCAGUUUAUCACUGAUGAUGAUUCUUGGUGUCAGUCUAACACAACCACAACCACUACUAUUGGAGCUCACGAUGAUGUCUCUCGUCAUAUCUCUUUCACAAACUAGCUAAAUUAUUUAUUAUUAUUAUUAUUGGUCCUAUUGGACGUAAAUAAUUUUACAAUUCUGGGGUGGAUUUUUGCUAUUUUUCAUGAAUAAUAAAAUACACCAGUACCAUGUGUUUCUGAUGAGUACAGGUGAAAUGGAAGUAGGAAAUGGGAUGAAGAGGAGGAAAUGUAAGAUCUAUUUGAUUAAUUAUAUUCUUAUAUAUAUUUAU